AUGGCUGCCUUGGCCAAGAUCCACGACCAGCUCUCACAGUCCAUGACACGUACCGUGGACUGGUUUCGCAAGAUGGACAGCAGCGGCGAUGGGAAGAUCUCGCGGGCGGAGCUGAAGAAAGGGCUGAAAGACAUGGGCUGCUCACUGAGCGCCUCGGACUUGAAAGCCAUCAUGAUCUUCCUGGACAACGACGACUCGGGCUCCAUCAGCCUCCAAGAGCUGCAGAGGGGCAUGAACCGAGCGGUGCGGGCCGUGGCAGAGGCGGCGGGGAAGCUGGAGCCGGUGUUCCAAGGCCCGGCGCGGAGCGCCUACGAGGCGCUGGUGCAAAUCAACGCGGCCCUGCGCAGCAACACACAGCUCAUCUUUGGGCAGCGCGUCGCCGAUGGCCGCAGCUUCUUCAAAGCCAUGGACAAGGAGACCAGAGCGGCACGCUGGACCGCAGCGAGGUGGGCCGCGGCCUGCGGCGCCUGGGGCUGGAGGUCUCCGAGCCGCUGCUCGAGGAGAUUCUGGACACCGUGGACGCCAACCGCAACGGCCUGGUGGAGAUGA